CGUGAAUGUCAAUAAAAAGUAAUAAGGCUCCCACAUUUUAUAGGUUAUAAACUGACAAAAAUUUCCAAUCUGCUUCCAAAACUUUUAAAAGAGAAAGAAAUACUUUAAACCAGAAAUAAAAUGCAUUGUUUUUACAAAAAGAUAACUCUGAUAUACUAACCCCUACCACAGCCAACUGUAAUGAAUGAACAAUGUCAGGUACGGAUAAAACUACUGAAUCCUCUGCACAAACUCAAGAUAUUGCUAAACCAAAAAGGAAAUCAUUUCGCAUGGCGGACGAGGCGGCGGCUGACUGUUUGUUCGAGCGCCUUCGGCUGCACCAGCAGCGAGCGCCUGACUCCGCGGAGGUGGCGCGGGCCAUCACUGCGAGGAUCAACUCGAGGCUCACGUCACACGAUAAACAUGUUCGACAGAGCACAUUGGAUAAAUUAUGGAACAAACAGUCAGGAGCCCUUCAGAUGCUCCUUGCCAUAUUGGAAAACACCAGAGACACUCCAACAGCCACAUACAUUACGUCAAUAUUAAGGGAAGUUUUAUGUUUGAAACAAGGGAAAGGAAAAAAAUGUUCAGUUCCCACUGAAACAUCGGGGAUCAAGAAGAAAGAAACAAAAAAGUCAGGCAAAGAAAAUAAAGUGCCUCCACUUAAUAAGAAGGCGAACAACCUCGCGAGGCAGCAGUGCUCACAGCACUUCAUAUCGAUAAACGGCACGCAGGUGGUGAUCCGCACGAUGAUAACUACGCACGCCAAACGCGACGGCAACGUUGGCACCGAGCUGAUGCUGCAGGACCUCGUAUGGAUCCUCGCCUCGCUAGCGCCGAGAGAUCCAAAAUUCGCGAUGAAAGUAAGGAUGCUGGGAUGCGUAAGGACUAUGCAUCUUAUAUUAAAGGGACACUUCACGGAUAAUAAAAUCAUUUUCCCUUUACUUGUCAUUAUGAAACAAUUGGCCAAGAAUACGGUUACAACCUCCAUUUUGAUCCGUGAUGGUGUUGUUGCGACUUACGAGCGUGUCUUGGUCAGCCUCGGCUUCAUCCCGACUGCUAGACUCCGGCUUUGCCUCGAUGCUAUUGAUUAUUUCAGUAAAAAUAAGGUGUGCUGCAUGCAGAUCGUGAAGACAGGCCUCUGUAGCGUGCUUCUCAGGGUGUUCGACCGGUGGGAUCGCUACGAAGGACGCAUGAGGCUCAAGAUAUGCGCACACAUCCUUCAGACUCUGCAGCAUCUUUGCAAUAUUAAGGCUGGACGGAGAGCACUAUGUACGAAGAAACAUGUUCAAACAUUGCACAGAUUCUGCUCGCAAUGUCCUGAUGAACCUGAAUUCGAUGGCCUAUUAGCACGUGUAUGCUCAGUUAUAACGUUAUGCUUGAAGCACCAAGCAUUGCCGGUAGCUGUAUCCAGUCCAGCGUCAUUCAAUCUGAACCCUAUUUUGAAAGGCACAAAUGCAUCAUGGCCGUGUCAUGAAGACGAGGAAGAAGCAGCUAACUCAGAUUCCAAGACUGUAAAUUCAGAUUUAGAAGAUGAUGGUCCAGAUACGGAUAUAGACGGCAUUGAUGAAUUCCCAGAUAUGGAUUUUGACGAACAUGAAUUGAAAUCGGAAAGCGUAGAAGAAUCGGAAAAAGUGCUGCUACAAAACAAUACAAAGAGUGGAGACAGUUUGCAAAGUACACUCUGGAUCAAUCCUAAUGAGAGAGACUUAGAAGACUUAAAAAAGUAUUUUAUUUAUUUUAAAGAAUUUGGUUCAUACAACAAGCAAAUAAGGCUUGUUAAAAGUCGAUCGAAUUCUAGAGGGUCGAUAUUAGAAGAUUUUCUAUUUCCACAAACCAGUGGGAACAGGGGUGCCACCUCUAACUUAAAUCUAUCUCUAACUACCGUUUUGGGUAAUACUGACUAUGAAAAUGUCUUGGGACCAGGGCAGACGUCGUCAUUUUUACAACAACAUAAAAUUCAUGAGAGUAGUUCUACAACGUCAUGGUCGUCGUUGAAGAUUCAUAAAGACAUUUCCAAGUUCACCACGUUUUCGAGUGUGUACUGUACGAUAUCUACUCGGGUGAAGAGUGUGAUACCCUUCGUCAAGGUAGCCUACCCUGACAUGAUGGGAGGCCACGGUCUCAACCAUCCUGAGCCCUUGAACAAGAUGGAGCGAAGUGCAUGCAGAAUGAAACUAUUGUCUUGUGUAGAUAGAGCAAUCAACCCAGAAGCAUACAUGAAUGAGACGGUUUAUGAUUUAGAUCAGCUAUGCAGCGCUUCUGCUAAUACUGACUCUUCAGCUCAAAAAAGUUUCAGCUCAGAAAGUAUAGGCUUGACUAAUACGGAUGAGCAGGAGAUCACCAAAGUCAAUAGUUACUCCUCAAGACUUACAUUUGAGUCAAGGUUUGAGUCUGGAAAUCUGAGAAAAGCUAUUCAGGUAGGUCCGAGAGAGUACGAGCUGAUUCUCAUGCCAGAUGUGAACUCGACGAAGCGUCACCAGUGGUUCUACUUUGAGGUCCGCAACAUGCAGCAGGGCCGCCCUUACAUAUUCAAUAUCGUGAACUGCGAGAAGUCUGACAGUCAGUUCAACUUCGGUAUGAAGCCCGUCAUGUAUUCUGUGAAGGAAGCAGUUAAUGGGAGACCAGGUUGGGUGCGGGCUGGCUCCGACAUCUGCUACUAUCGGAACAGCUACCACUACGCAAACCAGAAGAACAAUCACAAUAAAUGCUACCUGACCGUCACCUUCAACAUUGACUUCCCGCACACAAACGAUGUUGUCUACAUCGCAUACCACUUCCCUUUUACAUAUUCUAUGAUGAUGACUCGGAUUUGGCAAUGGAGCUUGCAGUUGCCAUCAGGAUCGUACUUACGCGCGGAGCCUCUCUGCUAUUCCCUCAACAGCAACGAAGUCCCGUUGCUUACGGUUUCCGCCGAAGACACGCCUUCCAAUCCUAUAGUGGAUCGAGAGAUCGUGUUCCUAACGGCACGAGUUCAUCCUGGCGAGAGUAACGCAUCCUGGGUGAUGGACGGCACCCUGGGCUGCCUGCUCGGUCCUUCCAUUGCUGCUGCUGCUCUUCGGGCCAAGUACGUGUUCAAGAUCGUGCCCAUGCUCAACGUGGAAGGAGUUAUCAAUGGAUGCCAUCGAUGCGGCUUGACUAAUGAAGAUUUAAACCGACGGUGGUGUAAACCGAGUCCCGUUUUACAUCCUUCUAUUUAUCAUACGAAGGGGCUGAUAGAAUAUCUUGUUCGCGUUUGGAAGAAGCCUCCGUUGGUAUACUGUGACUAUCAUGGGCACUCGAGAAAGAAGAAUGUGUUCUUCUAUGGUUGCGCGGGCGCCGAGAGCUGGUGCAGCAAUGAUCGAAUAGUGCCAGAUGAACCAGUCAAAUAUUUAAUGCUGCCAGCACUAAUGCAUCGGAUUUCGCCGGCAUUCGCACUCGGAUCAUGUUCCUUCAGAGUGGAACGGGAACGGGAGAGUACUGCCAGGGUCACCGUGUGGAGACACCUUGGCGUCACCAGAUCUUACACCAUGGAAGCAUCCUUCUGUGGCUUUGACAGAGGCCCUUUCAAGGGCUUCCACCUGAACACUCAUCACCUUCAGAGCGUGGGCAGUGACUUCUGCGAAGCUCUCAACGGCCUCAACGACACUGCUACCAAUGUGGACAUACAACUUACCAAGGACCUCAACGGAAAUAUCGUAGAGAUCAAUAUUAAAGGUGCUGAUAGAGAUAAAGACAACGACAGUGAGAUUGCGGUGGACAGCGAGCCGGGCUCGGGGUCCGACAGCGUGUUGAAGACAGACUCGGAUGAGGACUUCGACUAAUUCGAUUUAUAUUAUAACCUUAGGGUAAGCGCUUGCAAAUAGUCAGGUGCGGUUUGUGUCACGAGCUAGUGUAAAGUUAACGUUAGAUGUAGUCGCCGGUGACCGGUCCAAGUGUUCGUGACGAACAAACAGAUCUAAUUGCGUGUGUAAAAAGAGAAAUAGCGACAAAAUUAGGAGUCUAAAAAUAAAUCUAACUCGGAUUAAUUUCUGUUUCCAAUUGUACACAACUAGGCAGUAGCUAGUUUAGAAGCUGCGCUGAUUUUGUUACGAAUUUACACAAGUUUCGGUUUAGUGAUUUUUGUGUACCCCUUAUGUUGUUUGGUGCAAAAUUUGACUGUGUAUUGUAAAGCCGUGACCACAUUAUAUUGUGUAGUAUGGUUUGAUGUGAUAUAAGUUAAAUUUUAAGUUGCUUGUGAUCUCAAUUACAAAUAAAUUAUGAAAUCACUUA